AUGAUCUAUCACGGAGCCAAGAGCCAAGUGCAAACCGCGGCUGGACAGUCAAAACCAUUCCGCAUAAAGACCGGCGUGCAUCAGGGAUUGGUGCUUUCUCCUCUACUCUUCAUCAUAGUAAUGGAUGCAUUGACGGAAGGUCUCAAGAGACAGCCUCCAUGGGCUCUCCUAUAUGAUCCAGCAAGAUGUAACCAAUGUCAUCGCAGCAUUCUUGUCCCCAUGACACUAAGUUUGUGUUCAUCACUUCGCGUACUUGGCGAACGUUCAUACAGCUCUGUUGGAUGGAUCAUAGUACGGUAUAUUCGGGAUCUAACUUACACUGAGAGUCGCUUAUCACAUACAUCUCCUGUGAAGGCUCUUCUUUCCGCGCAGGGUGCGCUUGUCGUGGCCGAUAUCCAUCUUGAAGUCGCUUCGCCAGAGAUGCGACUUCCUAGGUACAUGAGAGCCUUUUUAACUGGCUCAACUUCGCUGCAUAUUCCCGAUCUUUGA